UCCGAGUUGGCAACACUCACAACACUGGCUAUCAUAUCCUGUCAAAUUUAUUUUAUUCUUCAUUAGUAUUGUUUGAUAACACAAUUUUCCGAAAUGAAUAAUUCCGCUGCUAAGGUUGGUGAAAUAUUCACCGAAGCUGGAGCUGCAUUCAAUAAACUGGCUGAAAUGACAAUGAUGCUGCAUCCUAUGGCUGAAAAUACCCCGACUGCACCAGCAAAAACACCUGUGAAGAGAAAAGCAGUAGAUGACAGACCAGUUUUAGCCGGCACCACACCACAAACAACUCACAAUGUUCACACAGCACCCAUAUCACAGCAGGUGACCCUAAACAUGUUGAAUGCUCAUGAAUCAGAAAUGGAUGGAGAUGGCCUCAGCAAUCAAGUAAAACUGGAGUUUGAGUCUAGCACUGAGGAAGUGACUACUUAGGCAAGGGGUGUUCAGAAAAAAAAAACAAGUUGUAGAUAUAAGUAGUCAUUAUCUAUUAAGCUGGCCAUACACAUUAGGGUCUAGGGUAUGCCUGUGCAGUAUUGCCUGUACAGUCCAACUGCACUGGUAAUAAGGAGUGUAUGUGGCAUUCGACUGUGCAGUUUCCUAACUGGCUUUACAUGUGAAGUUGAACUGUACAGGUGAAACUGCGCAGGUAUACCCUGGCGUGUAUGGACAGCCUCAAGUUUCUUGUGUAACUGUUAGUAAUACUUAAUUUUGAUACUGGUAGUGCAGUGUUUUCAACCUUUUUUUGAUGCAACCCAUGUAUGCAUGUAAAAAAAAUGCACUUGGAGUAGUAUAGCCUAUAAAGUAAAGGUAUAAAAAUAGCAAAACUGCUUGUUUGAGGCUAUACAAUUCCAUAGAUAUCAUAACUUUAAAGUGUGACCCAGGUGACAUAAUCAUGGCAACGAGAGUGCCGUUGCUAGUGAACGAAACGCAACUGUCACUGUCACACUAGUAUACGAGUGAUAGAGAGAGACGACUAUGAUACGCUACGGAGCGUUAACGAUUGGCACGUUGGCUACUGCGCCCAGGUGCACAAAAGAAGUUCAUUCACCUUCUGGGCAUGAAAAAGAUUGUUGUAACAUUCUACCCUCUUCCAUUUGUAAUGUAGCCUGAAUUGCAAGUCCUUACAACUCCCUCAUAGUUGACACACAGGUUGAAUAACACUGCAUCACAACUAAUGUAAAAGUAUGAUACUUCAAACACAUGUACCUUGUAAUGGGUUAAAAAAUGAGUAGGUAUUAUUAAUUGAAACUUAGCUGUUUUGAUUUCUAUACCUUAUUAUGAAGCCUGUGCCUGUGAUUAUUUUAAAGCGAUAUUGAUUUGUUUUAAAAUAUAAUCAUAAGUGCACUUGUAUUAGGGUGGUAAUCCACCUGUCCAAUGUGCAUUGCGUCUCACUCUCACAUUAAGCAAAAUGCGAGACAAAAUUUAACAAAUUAAACAGAUGGAAUACCAUCCUUACAUGUUAUGAGGGUUUAUAUAUAUUUAAACAAUUAUUAAUACAGGUGUUUAAAAUAAAAAAAAUAUUAAAUUUAUGUUAACACAUUCACAGCCAGCACGACCUACGUCCUAUGAGCGUUGCCGAUAACACGGGAAAAACCGUAUGUAGCGAAAAGUAUACGAACUGAGAACUAGCAGGUCGCUGGUCGCAGUGAAUGUGUAGUAAAGAAGUUGAAAUAGCAGUGCUGAGCUAGAGGUGCAUUCCACGAGUAUUUCCCUUACGAAACGCCGUACUUCUAAUAGUUCUGAAAAGGCUGAGAAAAUGAUAUUGGGUCUGGUAAUAUUUCAUGAUUCAUGACUUUGCUAACAAACUGGCAGUAUAUUCUCGAGCUUUACGGGUUUGAUUGAAUUAGCUGCCAUGCAAGGUAAAAGCGUUUCGUAAGGGACAUUCUCGUGGAAUGCCCCUAGCAACAAGAUGAACAUGUUUUGUAAUUAACAAGGUUUAUAUUUAUCUUACAUUAAAAAUUAAACAAUAGUUCACUUUAUCCAUAAUUUUUAUUAUAAAUAAACAAAA